UGUGCGAAGGAUUCCGUGAACGUUUCCAGAGGUGGAAAAGGCUUGUCUUUAGUAUGAUUUUGAGCAUUGGUACAGCUACACUUUCACUGGAAUAGAGGAUUGACCUUCUCAAUCUUUGUAGUACCGGACCUGAAACUGAAGCAUCAUGGAAACCGAGUAUUCUAAAAGGGUCUAUCAAGGGGUGAGGGUCAAGCACACAGUGAAAGAUCUACUGGCAGAGAAACGACAAAAUCAAACAAAUGGACCAAGAUACAGUGGAGGAACAUCCAGCCAAUCAUCAUUUGUUCAAAUGCCAGGGUCUCACAUGAUCCCUAGCUACUACGGCAUGAGGCGACCUUUCAUCUCCGACUCGGACUUCUCUCCCAAGCAGUUCUCGGGCGAGGUCUACUCCUCAUCCCUGGGUGGCAAGCCUCUAGGUUGUGACCCAUCGGCCAUGUCUGGCUACCCGUCCGUCAUAGACAGCUACUACCCGGAAACGUUCGGAGACUACCGUAGUGCAGCCUUCACCACCGGAGGGAGUUCCAUCUUCCCCAGCUCAGCCCUGUCCACUCUGCUACCACCUUUCUCUGGAGAGUCCCCCCACUUUCUCCUGAGGGAUUCGUGGGAGCAGCCAGUGGCAGACCCAGUGACCCAGGGAGAGGGUUUGUGUGCAGACGGCCUGACCUCUGUUCCAGUCUCCCUGCCCAGCCCCGACCCUCCCGGGAGCCCGUCACAGUACCGCUGCUCCACCCGUAGCUCCUCCAUGGCCUCGGCACAGCCCUAUGCCCUUCACCCUCUGGACGAAGUACACUACCACACCUCUUACCCUGCUGCCUCCACUUUCACAUGUCCUUCCUAUAUGACUGUCUCCAACGACCUAGCCUCCAAGAUGGCCCCUCUAGCUAAUGAGGUCUCUGACAGUACCCUCGCCACACAUAGUGACACGCACUCGUGGGUGAAAGAAGAUGGUGGAAGCUCUUGGUCGCCAUAUGAGAUUCGGAGGUCUUAUUAAAUCCAUUUGGAAACAUC